GUGUUUGUGAUUUAUUCGAAUAAAAUUUAAAAAUCCAUAGAAUUUGAUUGAUUAAACACUUAUUGAUUAUACAGUGUUCAUCUUCAUUAUCUGUCAUACAUUCCAGAAGAAUUAUCUAUUUAUUUAUUCAUAUUUUUUUUGCAAUCCUUUGGAUCGGGUUUCUUAACAUUUAGAACCCCGAUCGAAAAAAACCGUCAAAAUUUGGUUAUACGAGAAUCUGUUUGGGCCAUAUUUGCUUUUAAAGCAAAGAAAUAUGGCUUUAGAUAUAACAUCAAGAAAUUCAUCAUUAUCAACAUCCGAGUCAUCUUUCAAUCAUCACCAUCAUUCAUCGUUUCAAUCGUUGAUGAUGACAACAGCAGCAGCAGCAGCCGCAGCUGCUGCAACAACAACAACGACCACUAAUAGCCCAAUCAAUAGCGGUUCAAUUGAACAUUUAUUGAAUAGCUAUUCAUCUCAGAUCCAUAACCACCAUCAUCAUCAUAAUCAACAACAGCAAUCACAACAACAGUCAACAAUAACAACAACAACAGCUAAGUCAGCGAUGGAGGACGCUACCUUAUUUCUUAAGGCAGCAGCUGCAGCUGCAGCAGCCGCCGCGGCGGUGUCCGCCUCUGAGAACGCGGCCUCACCUUGUCCAACAACAAGUUCCUUGCCAGAAUCACCAAAGUCACCAACACCGAUUUCAUUUUCACCACUUGUUCAACAGACUUCGAACGAAUCAGACGAUAAUAAUAUUGUCAACACAGCAAUCACAAUGGGACGACCAGGAUCGAUUUCACCACCACAACCAUUAGCAUUAACUGGCCAUCAUAAUCGAAACCAACAUAAUCAACAUUUUGGCCAAAAUUCUCAUCAAAUUCGAGUGAAAAGUCCAAAAAGUCCGCCAACGGCUUUAGGAUCAUCACCAUUGGAAAAAUUACAAAGCCUUAGUCCGAAUACUAUAACUCUUUCAUCUUCAACACAAUCUUCAUCAUCAUUGACAACGACAACAUCGCAAACUACAUCACAAACAGUAGCUGCUGUUCAGGCAGCUGUUGCAGCCGCUGCUGCUGCAAAUUCUAUCGUUGAACAGACAACACGUGCAUUGAAAUUCUCUAUUGAUAAUAUUCUAUCGCCCGAAUUUGGCCUAAAUAAAAAUGAUUUUACAAGCCGUAGCCUAUUCUAUGCUUAUUAUCAACAAUUUCAAGAAAAAUACUCCUGUUUCAAUUUAGUCAAAUCAAAUAAUAAUAAUAAUAGCAAUAAUCAACAACAACAACAACAUCAACAACGAUCGAAUAAUAAUCAUCAUGUCAAAAAUCAUUCCACAUUUAACAACAAUAAUAAUAAUCAUCGUAAUAAUAAUAAUAAUAAGCUUUCAUUUGAUAUAAACACAUUGGUUUCAUCAAAUAAUCAUGAACGUAAAACAAAAAAACAACGUAAACGUUCCGAUUCUGAAUGUUCAUCAAUCAGUUCAUUAAGCAACACAUCAACAACAACAAGAGAAACAUCAAGCAUUAAUUUUACUAAUGGAAAUUCAAAUACCGGUAUGAUUGGUGAUCAAAAUAAUAGUAAAGAUUCAUCAUCGACAGCAACAACACCUACACCUAGUAUUGAACAAUCUGGUAAAGAAGUAUCAUUGGAAGAGAAGGCAAAACAACCAGUUCUAUGGCCUGCUUGGGUCUAUUGUACAAGAUAUUCUGAUCGACCAUCAUCAGUGCUGAAAAAACUUGGUCUACAAACAUCUGUAAAAAAUGCUAAAGGAAUUGAUCAACGAAUACAGACAAAUAGCAGCAACAUUAUUGAUGGCAACAAUGGCAACAAUCAAAUAGAAUUAAUCAAUCAAAUAAAUGGUCCAAGAUCUCGUAAAAUUAAGAAAAAAGAGAAAAAAAUUGAUGAAAAAAGGCCUAGAACAGCAUUCACUGCAGAACAAUUGGCGCGAUUAAAACAAGAAUUCACUGAUAACAAAUAUUUAACUGAAAAACGACGUCAAGAUUUGGCACGUGAAUUAAAAUUAAAUGAAUCGCAGAUAAAAAUAUGGUUCCAGAAUAAACGUGCUAAAAUAAAAAAAUCAAGCCCAGGUCGUGGACCAUUGGCAUUACAUUUAAUGGCACAAGGCUUAUAUAAUCAUAGUACAAUGGCUAUCGAUAGUGAUGAUGAAAUUGAUGAAAAUUAUAAAACAGCUUCAUCACCUGGCCUUUCCGAAUCGAGUAAAACAAGUUAAAUAAUUACAUCAAUCAACCAAUCAAUCAAACAAAUAUCUGAUCAAUUUGAUUAAUCAUUCAGUUAUAAUUUAUUUAUUAAUCUUUAAUAGAUCAUAACAAUUCAUUUUC